AUGGCAAAGCGGAAGGAGCAGCCCGCGGAGCCGGGGGCCCCCCACGGGCCAUCGGAGUCGCCCAUGGCCAGCUCCAGCGGCAGGACAGAGCGGGCAGCUCCAGAGCCGGGUGCUGCGGUCUACAAUGCGGUGCGUCAUGACCAGCAGGAUGGCGGACACCAGGCGUUGGGUCCGCGGGAGCCUCCGGUCGUCCACACUGCGCAACACGCAGCGGCUGAAGGCGUGCGUCGCGGGAGCAGAGACGAAAAUUCGAUGCAGGAAACUUCAACAUCGCGGGGACUGCAACCAGUGGCGAGGAGCAAGUCGAUCCUACGAGAAGGAAAGUUCCAAAAAUUGCUGAAGGCAAAGAUGGUGAAUAUGGACAGCCUGCGAGAACUGGCCUGGAGCGGAAUUCCACCGGGGCAACGUGCAGUGUGCUGGCGACUGCUCCUUGGGUACCUCCCCCCAAACAGUGAAAGGCAACAUCUUGUCUUGCAAAGGAAAAGACGAGAGUACCAAAGCUACGUUCCCGAAUACUACGACAUUUCCAACAGCAUGCGUUCAGAAGAGGAGGUUGGUGCACUGCGGCAGGUGGGAGUGGAUGUGCCCAGAACAGCGCCUGGUGUGCCUUUCUUCCAGCAGCCAGCUGUGCAGAAGUCCUUGGAAAGGAUAUUGUACAUAUGGGGCGUCCGGCAUCCUGCCAGUGGGUAUGUGCAGGGCAUCAACGACCUGGUGACGCCAUUCCUGGUGGUGUUUGUGUAUGAACAUCUCAAAGGGCCCAUGGACACCUGGCAAUUUGCCGAUCUACCAGAGGAUGUCAUUCUCGACGUUGAGGCAGACUCGUAUUGGUGCCUGUGCAAACUGCUAGAUGGCAUACAGGAUCACUACACAUCGGCACAACCAGGGAUCCAACGUGCGGUCUUCAAGGUCAGGGAACUGGUCAGACGAAUUGAUGAACGUGUUGCGCAGCACCUUGACGACCAGGGCAUAGAUUUUCUCCAGUUUGCUUUUCGAUGGGUUAACUGCCUGCUGGUGCGCGAAGUGCCAUUUGACGUGGUGGUUCGCCUGUGGGACACAUAUUUGGCUGAAGGCCAGAGAUUCAGUGACUUUCUGGUCUAUGUCUGUGUUGCAUUCCUGCUGCACUGGUCUGAAGAGCUCCAAAGGAAGGAGUUCCAGGAGAUGGUUAUCUUCUUGCAGCAUCCCCCAACUACCGAGUGGACUGAACAGGAGAUCGGGGUCGUUCUGUCUCAUGCGCACAUGUACCGGACAAGCUUUGAGAAACCCCGCAGCGAGCAGCGGUCCAGUCGCUGCGCGUCCGUGUCUUCCCUGAUGGCGUCGCCUGUGGCGGACGCCCUACUGCUGAUGGCUGAAGAUUUUGUCGCCAGCAAGUGCUACCUCCAGGCCAUUCAGUGCCUGGAGGCACUGUGCAGCAUCGACUCCUUCCCGGUGCAGCGCGCCAGGGCGCAUCUUCAGCUGUCGCGCGUCCUGUUGGAGCACACGCACAACACUGUGGAGGCCAGGCAACACGCCCUGACAGCGGAACUCCUGGUUGCAGGCAUUCGGUCCUGCUUCCACCUCAAGUGCGAGGUGCUGAACCACGUCGGUCUCUGCCACAAGGUCUUGGGCGACGCUAAGAGCGAGAGGAAAGCGUAUCAAAAGGCCUUGGCUCUGUGCCAAGCCUCAAGGCCCAUGGCGGACAAUUCUGCAGUUUGUGAAUGGGCAUGCCACUUUUAUGCCCAGUUGGCGGACGUGGCCAGCAACGAAGGCGACUUUCGUGCUGCCACGGCAUUCUUGGAGAAGGGAUUAUCCACAGCCAAAAAUGCACAGAUUGAUCACUUGCAGAUUCUCUUCAAGAUAUUUGAAUCCCAGCUUCAGCUAACGAAGUCCAAUACCUCAGGCUGUGAGGCAUUGCUGGCCGAGAUUGACUCGCUCCUGCAACUCAACGCAACUCUUUUGAAUGAGACAUUCACAGCCCAGGCAACCAUUCAAGUGAGCGUGAUUAGAAUUCUGCUUCAUCUGAAGGUCGGAAGGCUUGCUGACCUGACAAAAGAUGUGGCUGAGGAUACUCCUAAUGGGAGCUCUGGAUCUCCGGGCAAGCCAAGAAGAUACCCAGUAGUUGUGAAGUCCAUGAUGGCGGCAUUAGAACAGCUGCAAGACAAGGAGAUGGCCUACGUAUGGCUCCCAUGGCAUGCAGCAUUCGGGGUGUGCUCUUUGCUAUCUGCCGUGCUAUUGAAGCAUGUCGGAAAGCUGAAGCUUGCACAUGAGUGCAUAUCAUCGGCACUGUCAACUGUAGAUGGGGCAUUAGCUGCUAUUCCGAUUCAAUUGGAGGCAGGGGAAGAGGCCCUGGGGUCCCUGGCAGUGCACAAAGGAGCCCUAUACGUUGUGCUCAUGUUCCUGCUGUUGGAGUGCAAAGCACAAUUGUGGAUGCUCAGCAGUCAAAUGGAGGAUGCCAGAGUUUGCAUCGUCAAGGCACUUACAUUCGUUGACAAAUUUCCAACAAUUUGUGGGAAUUUAAGGACCAGCGGCCAUUUGCUUGCUGGGAUGUACCUAUACGAGGUCGAAUGUCCUCAAGAUGCCAUUCGUCAUUUCAACGCCGUCAGAGAGUUGAAUGGCUUGUCCUCUGAAAACGCACUGUCAUGUGUGUACACGGCAUUUGCAGAACUGGCUAAAGGGGACGAUGACAGCCUUAGUCGUGGAAUCGAUGCCCUCAGCAAGCACCACAGCAAGCCAAACAAUGAGUCUGAUGCCCUUGAACAUCUCAUUGUGAACUUUGGAGCAGCCUACAUGAAUCUUUUACAAGGCCAUACUGUAGAAGCGAAGACGCUGCUGACUCGAGUACUCAAACCAGCCCACCAUGGUGUUGGCAACCACCAACUGGUGUGCCAGCUGCUAAACCACAUGAGCGCAUUCCAACUUGAGAUUGGUGACAUUGAUGGCGCCCAGCAAAUGCAGAUCUCGAGCUUGACGCUGGCCAAGAAUUCACACGAUCUGCCCUCUCAGAUUGGGGCCCUGGCUGCAAUGGAGGAUAUGUAUAGGAAACGGCGCCAGGAGGACAAAAUGAAAGCAACUAUAGAGUAUAGGCAGAAGAAAGAGAAACAGCUGAAAGAGGCAGUGCAAAAGGCUGCUGCAAACAAUUCUCAGCAUCUGAUGAUCGCUGGCUGGAAUGUGUCAUGA